AUGCCCCCGUCCGGGCCCCACCGACCGCCGCGUGGCUCCCCGCCGCUCAUCGAUGACGCCGGCGAGGCAGAGCCCGACUGGCUCCGCGAGGCGGAAGCUGCAGUCUCUCCGCCCAAAGCCGCUUCCAAGAUUGAGCGCCGUGGCUCCUUCACGAGGAUCGUCAGCCGGCUUCGCGCCGCUUCGCCAGGCGAGGAGGAGCCGCUGUGGUUGCAGAGCGCCGCCGAGCUCGUAUCUCUGCAUGACGACGCGCCGAGCGAUGCGGCGCCUAGGCCGAGCAGGCCCGGGUGGCGCGGCGGCGCUCAGCCAAAGGCGGGUCUGGUCUGGGUGUGCUUCACGUUGCUUGGCGCAGCCUGCGGCGCCGCGGCCAUGUGCGGCGGCGCGUCGCUGGCCGUCCAGCUCUGCGCCGGCGUCGCACGCGCCACCGGCCGGUGCCCGGCACGCCUUGACCGCAAUGGCGCUCUUGAGGCUGCGCUGGCAGAGGUCGCGAUGCUGCGGAGCGAGCUGGCACGGAGCGAGCGAGCGCUGGCUGAGGCGACCCGAAUGCAAGACACGGCAGGUGUGUGGGGUUGGUGGCUCUGCGCUGCGGCUCUCGUGGGCUUCACCCUCGCCAUGGCAGCCAUUGGAACGAGGGAGCUGGUGGCGAGCCAUGUGUCACAAUCGCACACUCACCGCGUCAACACACCGAGCUGA